GGUCCAAUAAAUGGUAAUAGAUUAAAUAUUACCGAUGAAAUUUUAAUCACGUCUUUUCAAUAGUGCAUAUUAACAAACGAAUCAGUUGGCAAUAUUAUACUCAACGCAUGGCUAAUUUUCUUCAACGUUCCUUAGCUCAGGGAUUUUGAAUCAAAGUGUUCUACAUUUGUACGUUUCACUUGGGUUUUCACGUUGGACGAACAUGACAAAGAUGAAUUAAAGAUCGUCAACUAAGGUUGUUUUCUGGUGCUUCAAGAUGCAGAGGCCUAAACCAUUCAUAACCAUAUUCGUUACUUCUAACCAUUGUUUUUUAGCAUUCAAUCUCUCUUUCGGAUUUAAUAAAAUAAUUUUGUUCUAUUUUUCCGUGACUGGCCUUCAUUAAUCCUCUUAGGUAAUUGCUUCAUUAUUUUUGCUAGUGAGUGUUUGAAAUCCCUUCGCAUUUUAAGUCGUCACAUCAGUUGCGUCAACGGUAUUUCCAUUAUCACAGCCCACAGUCAAAUCCGUCAAUGUAUUUAUUAUUUCUAAUGUGUUAUGCCCCCACACAUGAGUUGCAUUAUUGGCUUAGAUAUACCCGUUGCCUUAACGAUCAUUCACUACCUCUGUGCGUCAGUGAGGUAUACAUAUGAAGAACGAAACACCACUAUCUUCGUAGCUUGUAACACAACUUGAAGUGCAAAUCUUUACAAUCAUGUUUUCAAAGGCUAUUUUGCUGUUUGUAGCUGUCCCAUUGUCCUUGGCUCAAGAGACGCCCCUGGUUCGAAUUCUACCUGAAAAAAGUUUCACCGCCAGCUCUUCUUACAACGACUCCGUCAAAGCGCCUAACGUGCGUUUCGCGAGAGGAAUGUUCGUCUCGUCAGCGUCCAAGGAACCCUGGUGCCCAGCUACGAGAGAAGAUUAUGAUUACGAGAAAGAGUUUGUAAUUGCGGACUUGGGAUGCCCACAAACAGUUCAUAGAGUGGAGGGAAAAGAUCCUCAUGCACUGUUUUAUUCCGGGGAAUACUCUAACAACAAGAAAAAAUGGAAGAUUUUAGCAUCAGAGGACGAGACAUAUUAUGAUAAAAAUAUGAAAAUGUUCGAAGCAAACAAUCAAGCAUUGAUAACACCGCCCGUGCGUGCUCGCUUCUUCAAAUUCCGAAUUCCAAUUUACUCUUACAGCGAUGAACGGGGAUCUCAGCCUUGCAUUAAAGUGGAACUGUACGGUUCACCUGACCUAGAAGAUUCUGUACAACCGAUUGGAUGUUUCACUGAGACGAAAAAGAAACGACUCCUGCCUGACGUUUACCACACAGUUAAAGGCCGUGUUGAUAAGAAGUACCCAGAUAUUUUGGCCGUUUACGAGGAAUGCAAGCAAAAGGCUGCUGAAAAUUCGAAACCAAUUGAAAUAUUCGGUGUCUGGAAUUUUAAACAAUGCGUAACGACUGAGACUGGCAAAGGCCAUGAGUAUUUCAAAAAUGCCCGUAACUCUGGUAAAUGUAAAGCUUGUCAAGAUAAAGGAAUCGGGACUUCGAAAGCUGUAUUUGUAUACAAAAAAUAAUUUAUAUUAGUAUCACCCAACUAGUGGACUAAUGCAAAUCCUGCAUUUUG